AAUGACUUAUGAGUAUGUUGUUGUAUAAAUAAAGUACCACUCCCACUCGUUUUGGCUCAAAAUCAUCAAUCACUCACUCACAAUAUAAACUCACUUUCUUUCACUUCCAUUUUCCUUACCUAAGACCAAAGCCAACAAUCAAACAUUGACAAAAUUUAGUAGACUUCAAAAUUCCAAAUUCAAACCUCAUUUUCAAUUCCAACUUAAUUUCACACGCUUCUCAUUCUCCCACAUCACUUAUUUCCCACCGCUCUUUUUAUUUACCUUCUCAUUCCUCCAAAACAUAUUCCAAACUCAUUUUUUAUUCUAUCAUAUCAUCAAUUCUCCAACACAAACACAACAUCUACCAAAAACCAAACCUUAUUGGUUCAUUCUUGUUCUGUCCCUAUUUCUUGUUCUUCUUCUUCUCAAACCCAAACCCAAAAAACCCUUCUUCUUUUUUUUUUCAACCCUUCAUGUCUUAAUCAAUCCACCUUCAUAACACCCCAUAACUUUUUGUCUUUCUCUUCCUCUUAUUUUUCGCCAAAUUUGUCAUCUUUUCAAUUUUCCCCCAAUUUUUCUUCACCUCAAUUAUUCUCCAAGCUCCUUCCUCCACAAACCCUUUUUAACUUUUUCUUCUUAGUUUCUCCCGAACGCAAAAAAAAAAAAGAACGGAUUUUGAGGGUGCCCUUUAGUUUAUUUUACCCCUUUAAAGGGUUUUCAAGAAUUUUAUUUGUUCUUGUUUUUAUGAUGGAAAACCCUACAAUUUUGGGUUUUGUGUUUUUGAGUCCUAUGUGGUUAGUGUUUUUCUUAGGUGUUAUUGUUGGUUGGUUAUGGAAACCUAAAUGGACUAGUUCAAUUUUUAACUCUUUUGAUUUUGCUUCACCAUCUUUGGGUUCUCCCUUGAAAUUCUAUUCUUCUAUUACAAUGCAAACUCCAAACCCUGAUUCUUUGUUGAUUAAUAAAGAGGUGAAUAAAAAGGUUUCUUCUUCAUCAUCAUCAUCAACAACAACAAAAUUUAAUAGUUCCACAAGUUCUCCGAAAUCUGGUGAAGAUACUUCUGAUGGUGUUACAAUGGAUGAUUUACAUCAUCUAUACAAGCUUGUUGAGGAGAAAGAUGGAGGUCUCCCUUGGAUACAGAUGAUGGAUAAAUCUACUCCGACUAUGAGUUACCAGGCGUGGCGCAGAGAACCAAAGGAUGGCCCUCCACAAUAUCGUAGCAGUACUAUUUUUGAGGAUGCAACCCCUGAGAUAGUGAGGGAUUUAUUCUGGGAUGAUCAAUUCCGACCUAAAUGGGAUGAUAUGCUUAUGAACUCGACAACCUUAGAAGAGUGUCCUACUACUGGAACCAUGAAAGUGCAAUGGAUACGAAAGUUCCCCUUCUUCUGUAAAGACAGAGAAUAUAUUAUCGGGCGAAGAAUAUGGGAAUGCGGGAGGUCAUACUAUUGUGUCACAAAGGGGGUAGAUUGUCCUUCAGUCCCAAGACAAGACAAACCUCGACGUGUUGAUGUGUAUUACUCUAGCUGGUGCAUUCGAGCAGUUGAAUCUAAGAGAGAUAAUGGUCAACUGACUGCAUGUGAAGUUUUACUCUUCCAUCAUGAAGAAAUGGGAAUUCCAUGGGAAAUUGCGAAGCUUGGAGUACGAAAAGGUAUGUGGGGGAUGGUACAGAAGAUUGAGCCUGGUUUGCGUGCUUAUCAAGAAGCUAAAGCUUCUGGUGCUCCACUCUCUCGUUCCGCUUUCAUGGCCGGUGUCAACACAAAAAUAAGUCCUGAAUACUUGCAAUCCAUCGGAUCCUCUAAUGAUUUAUCAGAAACCGAAAGUGCGAUCACUUCUGACAAACCAAAGGGCAUGAACGUACCAAAGAUGCUAGUCAUUGGUGGUGCUGUUGCUCUUGCUUGUAGUCUUGAUAAGGGAUUGUUGACCAAGUAUGUUCUUUUUGGUGUUGCUAGAAAAUUUGCUAAUAUGGCUAAAAGAUAGUAGAGCUAAAAGUGGAUCCAAUCUCUUGAAGGGAUUUAGAUUUGUCGUGGUCACAAAUUCCCGCCUCCACGAAGUCAGCAUAUCAAUGACCGUUGGCCCUAGAUCAUCGGACGUUGCAAAAGGGAGCAUAUUUUGGUUUUUUGAAGAGCUUGAGAUUUCGAACGUCUGAUCUUGAUCCAAUGACAACAAAUGUGCUAACUCAAUGAAUGCGCUAGAUUUGUGACUGCAUACAAUCCUAACCCCUCUUGAAGCCAGUUUUAGAUGAUCCACAUUAUUAAAAAUUUGGAGCUCUUUUUUUGGUAAAUGAUCUAUAAUUAAAAAAGUCAAAUCUAGGGGAAUGAGAAAGUUUCAGCAUGUUGAUUUGGGAGAUGAGAUAGUUGAUGAUUUUUUUUUUUAACUUAAAUUUUUCUUAGGGCAUGAGUUGGUCAAAAGUAGACCACAGAAUAUAUAAACUCUCUAUGGUUGUACAAAACUCCGUCCGUAGCAAUAAAGUUAAAUCUAUUUUUAUUAUUA